GAGGACGAAGAAACGGUGACGAUGGCUUGGUGUGGGCGCGUGUCUGGCAGCUGCCGCUUACAGGUGGUGUGCUUGCUUGGGAACCAACCUCUACGGACCGUUCCCACGGAAGGCCUGUCCCCCUCCAGACACCCAACCAGAACCCCCUUGCCCUGCGACGGCCAAGGGCCCCUCCACUAUAUAACCGCGCGCCGCGGACCGCAGCCACCACAAUCACGGUGACCGUUCACGGUGUAACAGCUAGUUUAUCAAACGAUACUCGUUCGACUUGUGCUUAUUAAGUGUGUGAAGUGUCCAAAGGAUUAACCAUGCAGAUGCACGAGCAGAUCAUGAUGGUAGACGGACAGGAGCAGCCCAUCUCCAGAACUUAUCAGUACAGAAAGGUGAUGAAACCAAUGCUAGAGCGGAAACGCAGAGCGCGCAUCAACCGGUGCCUGGACGAGCUCAAGGACCUGAUGGUGACAGCCCUAGCCGGCGACGGCGAGAACGUGGCCAAGCUGGAGAAGGCAGACAUCCUCGAGCUCACCGUUCGCCACCUCCACAAGCUACAAAGACAGCAAAGAUUGUCGGCGAACCCAGUGAUCGACGCCGACAGAUUCCGAGCGGGUUACACUCACUGCGCGAACGAAGUCAGCCGCUGCUUGGCGGCCACUCCCGGGGUGGACGUGGCCCUGGGGACCAAGCUGAUGACCCACUUGGGACACAAGCUCAACUCCAUGGACAAGACAGGACCUCUGACCAUCCACGUCGCCGCGCCGCAGUCCUCGCCGUCCUCCAGCGACCUCAGCUCCGACGAGUACUCCAUGCCCUUGACGCCAGCCUCCAGCCAGCCCUCUCCCGUCAGGACGGACAUCGAGACGAUGUCCCAGACCCACCAGGGACUCCUCCAGGUCGCCAAACCCACCGAGCCCAUCUGGAGACCCUGGUAAUCUCG